UCUGUCUGUCUGUCUGGACCGCAGGAGCGCUACAGCUAAAGAAACAUUUGCGAAAAGCCCUCCUUUCCAAAAAGGCUACCACCCGUGUUUGGAGUCCGGUCUCUUCCUCGGAUCGUCACCGCUGUGUCACCUGGAUCCGCUUGUGUGCUGCAGUUUGUAGUUUGCACAUGCUGCUUUCAAGCGCGUCACAGUGCAGAUGGAUUGGUCAAGACAAAGAUACAGAGCUUCCUGUUUGCGUCUGAUGGAUUACAGUGUUUUGUAUGAGCUGCUGACAUGAAUUCAGAGGCUGGUGAGAUGUGGGAGUGCUCAUCUUCAGGAGAAAUCUGAGACCUGAAUGAGCCUUCAAGCACGGUGAGAGCAUUUUAAUUGAAGGAGGCGCACCAUGGACUUGUUGUGGUCUGCCAUCAGACCCAUUAUGUCCUUUUAACCCAUUUGUAGCACCCUCUACCCCUACCCCAUGUCACAUCUUUCCCUGAAUUAUGGAAAUUUUGUGGAAGACGCUGACUUGGACACUGAGCCUGGUGGUGAUGACUGCUUCUGAAUUUCAAAGUAUCAGCAAACUCUCACACAACUCCCAAGAGGAGUUCCUGUCCUACCUGCAGCACUACCAGUUGACUGUCCCGGUGCGGGUGGAUGAGAAUGGAGAAUUCCUGAGCUACACUGUGAAGCACCACCGGCCAGGCCGACGGAGACGGGGGGCGGUGGAUCCGAUGAUGGGAGCCCAGCCCGCGUUAGACCCACUGGAGCCCCGACUGUUCUACAGACUGUCAGCCUAUGGAAAGCACUUUCACUUAAACCUGACUCUCAACCCCCACUUGGUGUCAAAACAUUUUACAGUGGAGUACUGGGGUAAAGAAGGGCUGGAGUGGCGGCACAAUAUGGUAGAUAACUGUCACUAUAUUGGAUUCUUGCAAAAUCAGCACAGUACAACUAGAGUGGCACUCAGCAACUGCAAAGGCCUGCACGGUGUUAUUACAACAGAGGAAGAACAGUAUUUAAUAGAGCCUUUAAAGAACAUAUCCUCAACCACCUCUGGUGAAUGGAACCUGGAAGAAGCACAGCAGCAUGUUAUUUAUAAAAUGUCUGCCAUUCCCUCACCACAAGAGCAUAGCCAGGAGUUCAGCUGUGGCAUUUCAGACCUCAUUAAAACCAGUGCACCUUGCCAGCUUAGCACGCCUUCGCCCCAAAACUACAGCAAGCUGUCAAACAGCACCCACAGGCAGAAGCGAUCCAUCAGCACUGAGCGCUUUGUGGAGACGCUUGUGGUCGCUGAUAAAAUGAUGGUCGGUUACCACGGACGCAAAGACAUUGAGCACUACAUCCUGUCCGUAAUGAAUAUUGUUGCCAAACUUUACCGUGAUGCCAGCCUAGGAAAUGUUGUGAACAUUAUUGUGACCCGGCUGAUUGUUCUGACUGAAGAUCAGCCAAAUCUGGAAAUUAAUCAUCAUGCUGACAAGUCUCUGGACAGUUUCUGUAAGUGGCAGAAGUCCAUCCUGUCUCAUCACAGCGAUGGAAACAGUAUUCCAGAGAAUGGGAUGGCUCAUCAUGACAAUGCUGUCCUAAUCACCCGGUAUGACAUCUGCACCUACAAGAACAAACCUUGUGGUACCUUAGGCCUGGCCUCAGUGGCUGGAAUGUGUGAGCCAGAGAGGAGCUGCAGCAUCAAUGAAGACAUCGGCCUCGGUUCUGCUUUCACCAUUGCGCACGAGAUUGGCCACAAUUUUGGGAUGAACCAUGAUGGGAUUGGGAAUUCUUGCGGUACCAAAGGUCAUGAGACAGCCAAACUGAUGGCUGCUCAUAUAACAGCCAACACCAACCCUUUCUCCUGGUCUGCCUGCAGCAAAGACUACAUCACCAGCUUUCUCGACUCAGGUCGGGGGACGUGUCUGGACAAUGAACCUCUGAAACGAGACUUCCUGUACCCAACAGUGGCCCCGGGGCAGGUGUAUGAUGCAGAUGAGCAGUGUCGCUUCCAGUAUGGAACCUCUUCACGCCAGUGCAAGUAUGGGGAAGUGUGUAGAGAGCUCUGGUGCCUUAGCAAAAGCAACCGUUGUGUAACUAACAGUAUUCCUGCUGCAGAGGGGACCCUGUGCCAGACAGGCAACAUUGAAAAAGGGUGGUGCUACCAGGGGGAAUGUGUUGCGUUUGGUACCUGGCCUCAGAGUGUGGAUGGAGGCUGGGGGCCAUGGUCCAUUUGGGGGGAGUGCAGCAGGACCUGUGGGGGCGGUGUAUCCUCCUCCAUGAGGCACUGUGACAGCCCAGCCCCAUCUGGAGGAGGCAAGUACUGUCUCGGAGAGAGGAAACGAUACAGAUCCUGUAACACUAACGCCUGCCCUGCAGGAUCUCGUGAUUUCCGAGAGAAGCAGUGCGCUGAUUUUGACAACUCCCCUUUCCGUGGGAAGUACUACAACUGGAAGCCUUACACUGGGGGUGGUGUGAAGCCCUGUGCACUGAACUGCUUGGCAGAAGGCUAUAACUUCUACACUGAGCGGUCUCCUGCUGUCAUAGAUGGCACCCAAUGUCAGGCUGACUCGCUGGACAUUUGCAUCAAUGGAGAGUCUUUGAAAUCUGAAGGGGAUGAUUAUUACAUCAAUGGAGCGUGGACCAUUGACUGGCCCAGGAAGUUUGAGAUUGCAGGGACAGCCUUCCACUACAAGAGGCCCUCUGAUGAACCAGAGUCUUUAGAAGCGUUGGGUGCUACCACUGAAAAUCUGGUUGUCAUGGUCCUCCUUCAAGAGCAGAACCUUGGAAUACACUACAAGUUCAACGUCCCCAUCCAGCGCACAGGGAGUGGUGAUAAUGAGGUGGGCUUCUCCUGGCACCACCUGCCCUGGUCUGAAUGCUCAGCUACCUGUGCCGGAGGUUCUCAGAAGCAGGAGUUAGCCUGUAAAAGGCUGGACGACAACUCAGUGGUACAGAACAACUACUGUGACCCAGACAGCAAACCUCCAGAAAACCAGAGAGACUGCAAUACUGAGCCGUGUCCUCCAGAAUGGUUUAUUGGAGACUGGUCAGAGUGUCCGAAGACGUGCGAUGGAGGGAUAAGGACGAGGACAGUCCUCUGUAUCAGGAAGAUUGGUCCCGCUGAGGAGGAGACACUGGAGGACACUCACUGUUUGACUCAUCGGCCUAUCGAGAGAGAGUCCUGCAACAACCAGUCCUGUCCUCCAAAGUGGGUCACUCUGGAUUGGUCCGAGUGCACACCUAAAUGUGGUCCUGGCUUUAAGCACCGCAUUGCCUUGUGUAAGAGCAGCGACCUCACCAAGACCUUUCCGCCUGCCCGCUGCUCGAUCCAUAACAAACCUCAAGUCCGAAUGCGCUGCACUUUAGGGCGCUGUCCUCCUCCCCGCUGGAUCCCUGGUGAAUGGGGACAGUGUUCAGCACAGUGUGGUCUGGGCCAGCAGAUGAGGACGGUACAGUGUCUGUCCUACACAGGACAGCCAUCGAAUGACUGCGUAGAGUCCCUCCGACCAGCCACCAUGCAGCAGUGUGAGAGCAAGUGCGAUGCCACCCCGAUCUCCAGUGGUGAUGAAUGCAAAGAUGUAAACAAAGUGGCUUAUUGCCCGCUGGUACUGAAGUUCAAGUUCUGCAGUCGAGCGUACUUCAGACAGAUGUGCUGCAAGACUUGCCAGGGGCACUGACCCUUUGAAUACAAGAGCGAGACAAGAAGAUGGUCAUAAAGGCAAGAAAGAUGGAGGGAUACAGUGCUUAAGAGGGUGAGAAGAAAACAGCAGACUGGAAAAUGCAUCCCGACUCUGAACCAGUGGAAGAAUGAAAAAGUUGUCAAUGUUGAAGACGGGAGAAAAGCGAGGAUUUCCCUGUUUAUCAUACCCCAUACUCCUGCCCUCUGUCGUAGUGGAAUCUAAACCACUGCUCAGCCAAUAAUGCUGACACAAACAUUAUUUUUUUGUUUUUUACAUUUUCACUUCUGUGAAGUGGAACUCGGAAGACUAACUGUUGGUGAUGUUAUCUUUUAUUAUAAUAAUAAUUAUUAAUAUCAUUGUUAGUCUUCCU